CUAGAAAUAUUCUAAAUCGAGGAGCUGCUGGCUCCUCCAGCUUUCCACCAGAAUCUUCCAAGCAGAGCAGAGCCGGGCCUGGCCUUCUCCUGCCCAGCCGGCCCCUUCCCAGCCAGGAGGAUGUGGAGCCAGCCUGGCGCUUCUCCUCUCCAGCCUCCCCGGAAGUAGUCUGGGUAGAGAGACAGGCUGUGCGGGAGAUCAGGGCAGCUGGGUGCUCCCGGCUGGUUGCCCUGACCGACUCUGCUGGCCGGAGCUGCCUUCUCCCCGCUCACCUCCCUGGUGCUGGGAUUUCCACGCUCCACCCGCCGGCUGGGCAUGUGACUCACCUUGCGGGGAAUCCCUAGGGAGGUUUCCCGGCUCAACCAUUCCACCGGAGAAGGACGCCGUCUCUCGCCACGGCUGAGCAGCCACCUGGCUACUUGAGUCAAGGUUAGGGAGAGCUCCGGGCCAUGGCACACGAGCAGCGAGGCAGCCCCGCGGCUGGCCUCGAGCUGGAGACGGUUCAGCGCCUUGUGGCCGCCUGUCAAAAAGCCAAGAGUUUCGCCUACUGCCCCUACAGCAAAUACCCAGUGGGAGCAGCCCUCCUGACCUCCGAGGGGAAGAUCUUCACAGGUUGCAAUGUUGAAAAUGCCUGUUAUCCGCUGGGCAUCUGUGCCGAGCGAACGGCCAUCCAGAAGGCCGUGUCCGAAGGUCACACAAAAUUUCGAGCCAUGGCCAUCAGUUGCAACAGCCAAGAGUCUUACGCCAUUCCCUGUGGAGGGUGCAGACAAGUCCUCCGAGAGUUUGGUCAAGAGUGGGAGAUCUAUUUGACCAGGAUGGACGGAACGUACAUCCGGAAGACCCUGGAGGACCUCCUGCCUUUGUCCUUUGGCCCGGAACACCUGAAGCGCUAGAGGGGAAGGGGGGCACUUCAGGGCGGCUUCCCUCCUUCCCCAGGCCUCCCGCGGCCUCCGGAGUUCAGGAACGUCUUGGCAGCCUUGGCCUUCCAACCUGUUGAGUCCAUGGAUGUCAAAGGGGAGGCGAUGACAACAUUCGGAUAUCGGCAUUCCCGGCGGGGGCUGCGUCAUCGGGAUCGUUGGCAUCAGUUCAAGGGUCUCCAGAACUUUUGACCGUGUCCUGCCCAGCUGCCUCAGAGGGUGAAGCCCCCACCUUACCCAAGAUAAAGAGCUGCCUUUUGAGUCCAU